GGGGAAGGCAGGGCGGAGGCGGAGAAGGAGGGAGGUAAGGGAGGCAGGGAGGGCGGGCGGUCCGUCCGUCCAGUACAGUCCCCGGCUCCGCUCCUUCCCCCGGGGGCAGCAGCCAUGAACCCCAACUGUGCCCGCUGCGGGAAGAUCGUCUACCCCACCGAGAAGGUCAACUGUCUGGACAAGUUCUGGCACAAGGCAUGUUUCCACUGCGAGUCCUGUAAAAUGACUCUGAACAUGAAGAACUACAAGGGCUACGAGAAGAAGCCGUACUGCAACGCACACUACCCCAAGCAGUCCUUCACCAUGGUGGCGGACACCCCCGAAAACCUGCGCCUCAAACAGCAGAGCGAGCUCCAGAGCCAGGUCCGCUACAAGGAGGAGUUUGAGAAGAACAAGGGUAAGGGUUUCAGCGUGGUGGCUGAUACCCCUGAACUGCAGAGAAUCAAAAAGACCCAGGACCAGAUCAGUAACAUCAAGUACCACGAAGAGUUCGAGAAGAGCCGGAUGGGCCCUAGCGUGGGCGAGGGUGGCGACCUGGACCAGCGCAACUCCCAGGACGGCGGCAGUCCCUACAGGCGGGUCGCCGAGCCCCAGCAGCUGCCCCAUCACCUCCAGGCCGGAGGCCCCGCCUACCAACAGCCCCAGCAACAACCCCAGUCACAGUCCUACAGCUACAAGGAGUCGGCUGUUCCCGUCUCUAUACAGAGGGGCGGCCCUGGGGGAGGUGGGAAGCGUUUCCGCGCCGUGUACGACUACAACGCGGCCGAUGAGGAUGAGGUGUCCUUCCAGGACGGGGACACCAUUGUCAACGUGCAGCAGAUAGACGACGGCUGGAUGUACGGCACGGUGGAGCGCACCGGCGACACGGGCAUGCUCCCCGCCAACUAUGUGGAGGCCAUCUGAGCGACCCUCCCCGCCCCUUCCCCCUCCGCCUUCCCCCCCCCGACCAAAGGACCAGGGGCUCCAGGCCCCCGCUCCACCUCCCCCCCCUCCAACCCCACCUUCAGCGCAUCGCGCCGCGGCUUUCUCCUUUGAUAUCUUGUCUUUUUUUAGAAUCCGCGACGGGUCUUCUCUGAUUUCUUUGCCAGUUCAACCAUCCCCUCCUCCCUUCUCCUUCCCGGAGCCUCCCAAGGUGUUGUCCCCAUAGGAAGAGGGAGGGAGAGGGCUGCCCCAGAAAGGGCAGGGCCGGGACCCUCCUGGCGGUAGGGGGGCCGUCUGCUGCCUUCACUCUGGGCUUCCGCAGGUGCUGUUCGCUUGUCUCUGCAGAACGUGUCCUUUGACCCCCCCCUCCCCAUCCCUCCUCUUCCCCGGGUUUGACGCCCCGACCUGGACCAAUCUCCCUGGGGUAGGGGGAGGGAUGGAGGGAGUAAGAGGGGAAGGGAUGGAAGCGGAAACUUUCCCCUCUGGCUCUCCCCCCCUCCCUCUCCCUGCUUCUGCCCCUCUCCCCCGUCUAAUCUCCUAUUUUAUAGAAAAAGACCAACAAGGUAGAAAACCUGCCCCUCCGUGAGAGAGGGGAAAGGAAGUGGAGCAGGGCAGUCGUGCUGGGCUUCCCUCCUCUCCACAGGCCCACGUGACCACGGGAAAUGGACACCAGGCUGUUUUUCCAUGUUUAAUUCUUCAGUCAUCUCCAUAAAUCGUGAUAUUUCUCCUUCACCACCACCCCCCCAGCCCACACACAGACAACACCUCCCUCCCAGUCAUGUGCUGGUCCAAGCCCGGGACCCGCUCUCAGCCGGACCCCUCCCCUUUUGAGUUCCAUCUGUGGGUGGCUGAGGGGGGUGAACGGGGGAGGUGGAGAGACUACAGUUGGGGGACCCUCCUGGGCUGGGAGCAGAAAUAGGGCUAGGCUGGCUGUCCCCCCUGCCCUGGAACGGUGGAGCGGAAGGUUUGGGCACGGGAUUAGUUGGGCAAUGGGGCGUAGAGGGGGAACUCGGAGUUCCUCAGGGUCACUGAGGCCCUGGGGGUGUCAGAAAGAGGAGCCAGUUUGCCUCUGGGGCUUGGGGGGGUGGGAAGAGGGGUGCCUACCACCUCUGUCUUAAAGCACAACAGUGAAUCUGGGACCAAUGGACCCCACUCCAGGGAAUGGGGCAUUUUUGAACAGGGAAUGGAGUGCUCUGCUGGGGUGGGGGGUGGGGGACCAAAGCUGGACGAUAUGGAACAAACCAUUUUUCGGUAUCUCGUUCCUUCUGAGAAAGAGCCAUGUCUGCACAUUCCAGGUACGGAGGGGCUUCUCCCCACCUCCGGGAGCCCCGCGUGUGUGGCUCGAGGGACCGCCAGUUUGGGACCCGGGUCAGACCAGGCCCGGGUGGACGGGGGGCAGGGGGAGGUGGCGGGAGCGGCCGUGGCGGUGGAGGAUGGAAGUUCUCGGCCAGUUCUCAUCCAGGAAACUUAAAAGCAUAAUGUGAAUUUAGCUCUUCGGUGGACCAAAAAUGCUGGUGGGCAAGGUGCCAAGACCCUCCGGGUGGGCCUGGGGGUUCAGGACCCUUCCCCCCCGGCCCCCCGGCUCUGCUGGGUCUCCUCUCGCCCUGCCCGGAACCCCUUCCCACCCCCAAUCUGGCUUGAUCUCUGCCUUUUCGCUCACAUUUGCACUUUUAUUUUGCCUUUUCCAUCCGCCUUCCCCCUUGUAUUUAAAGAAAAGUGCCGGUCAGGCAGCACAGCCGCAGGUGUGAGAGGGAGGGAGGGAGGGAGAGAGGUGCGGGGAGGGCAGCUCGGGGCCCGGCCCGGGGCUUGAACACCACCAAGCCGUCGCUCAAUUCGCUUGGGGUCGUUUUAUUUCCUGUUGGCUUUGUCAUCCGUGUGUGACCCCCUUCCAUCCCCUCCCUCCGCCUCCCCUCAGUCGCGGGCGCCCGGAAUCCUGGGAUCUGGCCUAUUUUACUAGAGCGGAGUCGGCAAAGCCACCAGGACCCGCUCCUGCUGGCACAAGUGGAAAUAAAAGUAUCAUUUUUACCUGC